AUGGCGGACCCGACGAGCUUGGCCGCAAGAGUUCCCCCGCCGUCCAAAAGGAAGAAAGAGGAACCAACUCAUCUCCAAACCUCGCCCCUUCUUUCCCCCACGGCGGCCGCAGGCUGGUCCGCCGUCCCUCCGGACCUCGUCCGCCGCGUCGCCGACUCUCUCCUCGCCACCAACGACCUCGACUGCUACAUGCACCUCCGUGCCACCUGCCCCGGCUGGCGCGCUGCCACCGACGACCCCAAGAGCAGCGAGUCCGACCGUCGCUUCGAGCCGCGCCAGUGGAUCCUCCUCGACGAGGUCUUCGAGAGCGAGGGUGAAGAGAUGCUCCUGUGCAACGCCGACACCGGCCGCUUCCUCCGCAGAAAGUUCCCCAUGCUCCGCGACCACUACACCAUGGCAACCACUCACAACGGCUACUUCGUGCUGGCGGACAAGAGCCCUCCUCACACGGCCAGCGUCCUCAACCCUCUCACCGGCGCUGUCGUCCGUUUCCUGGUCCCCGUGCCACCGCAGAUGGGUGCCGCUGACGUCGUCUUCCGUGAUGGCUCUCCGCUCAAGCUCAUUGUCAUCUGCAACUCGUCUCAUGCGCAACAUUACACGGCCAAUCCUGACAGUCAGAGUUUCACCGUGCUUGAUUGUGGACCAGAUUAUAAUUUCUUACUCAAGACGGGCGUGAAUGGUGGUGUGUACGCGAGCUUGAACAAAGCUGCCACGUUUGCUAUUCUAUUCACCUACCUGGCAGCCUAUCAUUUCCCGCCUGGUUUGAGUACAAGCAUGUUGCUUGCCAAUGUUUUCUCCGGCUGCACAUAUGACGGAGACGACGAUCGAUGUUUUCUAGUCGGAUUGGAUCUUCUCUCCAGCUACACCAUUAACAUGCCAGAUUCUCAACUGCCCUUCUAA